ACGCCAGGUAAAGAGAAAAAAUGGAAAGCCAUUUGACAAAGUUCACAAACUGAAAUUUGUUGUUAAAAUAUGUCAUACUCGAAGAAUAACCACAAAUCAUCCGAUAGAACUAGAACAGAUACGCAGGCCACCGAAAGAAAUGAGGACGAAGGGGAAGUUAUAACUUGUAAUCCAACAGAAAGCUGCACUUAUGCCGUGACAGUAUCAAAGAAACCAUCGUCUUCUGGCGAAGUAGCCAACUGUUGGACCUCGUUGUGUUCCGGGCAAAAGUCAUUCAUCAGUAUACAUUCAACCGAUCAGCUGUGUCAAGUGGCAGAUGUAGAAAACCCUUCGAACCUUGAGGACUGUAAUGUUGAAGUCCUUAGCCUCAACGAGGUCUUCCCAUCGACUUCAGAGGAGAGUUUGUCUAACGAGGACGAUUCCCCGGUGCAAAGGAAGCAAAAAAACAAAAACAGAAUUCAAAAGAGUCAGUCGGAAAAUGCCGCGAAAUCUGGCUACGUACCCACGAAUAGCAAGUCGUCGACAAUGUCUGGAAGGCAGAAAGACGCAGUGGAUGGACAGCCCUCUGUAUACUCUGACUACGAUAUCCCGAAAAAUACUAUGUACGUCGUCGGAAGUAACCCGGGCGAGCCGAAGAUGUCGUAUCAAGAUCCGCCGAAAAAAAUAUCUAAAACGAUGAAGAAGUUCCUACGCAACAUCGACAAGCACAAGAAUGAGCAGAAUAGCAAGAGCAGCGAGAAAGCGAUCAGCAAACUGACCACCAUGCGUGGCAUCCUCAAAGAUGGCCGCUGCGUGCCCGAGUGCACCGGCGACUCCGUACAGGGCGCAGAGGAAUAUGCCGCGGGUGUGUUACCCGAAGACCUUUCGCUGCCGUUCUCGAUGGAUUUCAGUCCUCAAACGAACUACUCGAAGCAGAAUCCUGACAAAAACGUGACGUUCAACACCCAAGUGGUCAUAAUUCACUUCAGCGGCGACCUAUGCGUAGGCCAGAGCGUCGAGACACUCAGCAAGGAGAAAGACCAGCAAGCGAGGAACUCCGAGCUAAGGAAAACAUUCCUCACCAAAUACAACGAGUUUUGGCCCACACAGAAAUAGCUUUAAUUGAUAAGUCUAGAUAUAAUUCCAUUUUGUCUUUAGUGAUAACGGUGAGCAAGUAAGUCAAGCUACGAAAAUUAAGUUAUUGGUAUGUUUUAUCUACAUAUACUUACCUCUUGUACCAUGUUAAAUUAUGGAAGUCUGUGUCUCGUUUUAUUUAUUUUAAUCUAACAAAUUG